ACAGGACUCGGCGGCGCAUCCAGUCUGGAGUUGAACAUCGAAGAAAACGGCAGCAACGAAAACUGCUCCUCGAAACCGUGACAUUUUUGAAGGCACUGUGUGAGAGCAGUCAGGAGAAUCCAAUCAGACACCAAUACACACUAACCCCGACACGCACACACCCGACACAGUCGCCUGUACGAACACACCCUCGCGCACACAAUCACACACUCGUCCACACACACCCAUGCACUCGUGAAUAUAUAGCUUACAUAAAGUCUAAGGAAAAAUCGAUAGGAGUGCAUUAAAAAUUCCGAAAAAAAAAAGAUUUCUCAAUUAAGUGUGAUUUUCCGACGCGAAACAUAAACUUUUUGGCUGUAAAUGUUUGUGAGGGACCCGUGAAAAAAUAUGACUAAUCUGCUACAGUGACGACAUACGCUGCUUACACAAUUUCUCUACACUACAAUUAAUCGCAGACUCAUAACUAUAGCCGGAAACCGAAUAAUUGGCUAAAAUGGUCACCGAAAAUGGAGCUCAGGGUGAUGGCAAUACUUCCUUCCUCCGUGCCGCCCGCGCUGGCAACCUGGAGCGCGUGCUCGAGCAUUUGAAGAAUAAUAUUGACAUCAACACCAGUAAUGCGAAUGGCUUGAAUGCUCUGCAUUUGGCCUCCAAGGAUGGCCAUAUCCAUGUGGUCUCGGAGCUGCUGCGUCGCGGGGCGAUCGUGGACAGUGCCACCAAAAAGGGCAACACCGCUCUCCACAUCGCCUCGCUGGCUGGUCAGGAGGAGGUAGUGAAGCUGCUGCUGGAGCACAACGCCUCUGUCAAUGUGCAGUCCCAGAACGGAUUCACGCCCCUCUACAUGGCCGCCCAGGAGAACCACGAUGCUGUGGUUCGCCUGCUCUUGUCCAAUGGCGCCAACCAGAGUCUGGCCACCGAAGAUGGCUUCACGCCUCUCGCCGUGGCCAUGCAACAGGGUCACGACAAGGUAGUGGCCGUACUCCUCGAGAGCGAUACUCGUGGAAAGGUCAGGCUACCGGCCCUGCAUAUUGCCGCCAAGAAGGACGACGUCAAGGCAGCUACCCUUCUCCUAGAUAAUGACCACAACCCGGACGUAACUUCCAAGUCGGGCUUCACCCCGCUGCACAUCGCCUCCCAUUACGGCAACCAGAACAUUGCCAAUCUGCUGAUCCAGAAGGGCGCCGAUGUCAACUACUCGGCCAAGCACAACAUCAGUCCCUUGCAUGUUGCAGCCAAGUGGGGCAAGACCAACAUGGUCUCCCUCUUGCUGGAAAAAGGUGGAAACAUUGAGGCCAAGACCCGGGAUGGGCUUACCCCUCUGCACUGUGCCGCUCGCUCGGGACAUGAGCAGGUGGUGGAUAUGCUGCUGGAGCGAGGAGCUCCCAUCAGCGCCAAAACCAAGAACGGACUCGCUCCACUGCACAUGGCCGCCCAGGGUGAGCACGUGGAUGCCGCCCGCAUUCUCCUGUACCAUCGUGCUCCGGUCGACGAGGUCACCGUGGACUAUCUGACCGCCCUCCAUGUAGCCGCCCAUUGUGGUCAUGUGCGUGUGGCCAAGUUGCUUCUGGACAGGAACGCCGAUGCGAAUGCCAGGGCUCUCAAUGGAUUCACGCCCUUGCACAUUGCCUGCAAGAAGAACCGCUUGAAGGUGGUGGAGCUGCUACUGCGUCAUGGUGCCAGCAUUAGUGCCACCACGGAGAGUGGAUUGACGCCACUGCAUGUGGCCGCCUUCAUGGGUUGCAUGAACAUUGUCAUCUAUCUGCUGCAGCACGAUGCCAGUCCCGAUGUACCCACUGUGCGUGGGGAGACGCCACUCCAUCUGGCCGCUAGAGCCAACCAGACCGACAUCAUUCGAAUCCUGCUGAGGAAUGGCGCCCAGGUGGACGCCCGUGCCCGAGAGCAGCAGACUCCUCUGCACAUCGCCUCCCGACUGGGCAACGUUGACAUUGUUAUGCUUCUGCUGCAGCAUGGAGCUCAGGUGGAUGCCACCACCAAGGACAUGUACACAGCACUGCACAUUGCCGCCAAGGAGGGCCAGGACGAGGUGGCUGCUGUACUUAUUGAAAAUGGUGCCGCCUUGGAUGCCGCCACCAAGAAGGGCUUCACGCCCCUUCAUUUGACCGCCAAGUAUGGACACAUCAAGGUGGCCCAGUUGCUGCUCCAAAAGGAGGCCGACGUGGAUGCCCAGGGCAAGAAUGGAGUUACCCCGUUGCAUGUGGCCUGCCACUACAACAACCAGCAGGUGGCUUUGCUGCUCCUCGAGAAGGGAGCCAGUCCUCAUGCCACGGCCAAGAACGGGCACACACCCCUCCACAUUGCCGCUCGCAAGAAUCAAAUGGACAUAGCCACCACUCUGCUGGAAUACGGAGCCCAGGCCAAUGCCGAGAGCAAGGCCGGCUUCACUCCACUCCACUUGAGCAGCCAGGAGGGUCACUCUGAGAUUUCCAACUUACUGAUUGAACACAAGGCCGCCGUGAAUCACCCGGCCAAGAACGGACUCACCCCGAUGCAUCUCUGCGCCCAGGAGGACAACGUGAAUGUGGCGGAGAUCUUGCAGAAGAAUGGAGCCAAUAUCGACAUGGCCACCAAGGCAGGCUACACCCCGCUGCAUGUGGCCUCGCACUUUGGCCAGGCCAAUAUGGUCCGUUUCCUGCUGCAGAACGGGGCCAAUGUGGAUGCGGCCACCUCGAUUGGGUAUACUCCGCUCCAUCAGACCGCCCAGCAGGGGCACUGCCACAUUGUGAACCUUCUGCUGGAGCACAAGGCCAAUGCCAAUGCCCAGACCGUCAACGGACAAACUCCGUUGCAUAUUGCCCGCAAGCUGGGCUACAUCAGUGUCCUGGACUCCCUGAAGUCCAUUACCAAGGAGGACGAGGGCUCUCCAGCCCCUGCCCAGACCGAGGAGAAGUACCGCGUCGUGGCUCCCGAGGCCAUGCACGAGUCCUUUAUGUCCGACUCCGAGGAAGAGGGCGGCGAAGACAAUAUGCUAUCAGAUCAACCAUACCGCUAUCUGACCGUUGAUGAAAUGAAAUCCCUAGGCGACGACUCCCUACCGAUCGACGUGACCCGGGAUGAGCGUAUGGACUCCAACCGGAUGACCCAGAGCACGGAGUAUGCCUCCGGCGUGCCGCCCACCAUCGGCGAGGAGGUCAUCAGUCCCCAUAAGGCCCAGGUAUAUGGCAGCUCACCCAAGGCCACCGUGGAUGGGGUUUACAUUGCAAAUGGAUCUGGACACGAUGAGCCACCUCAUGUGGGCCGUAAACUAAGCUGGAAGAGCUUCCUGGUCUCCUUCUUGGUGGACGCCCGUGGAGGCGCCAUGCGAGGCUGCCGUCACAGCGGCGUCCGCAUGAUCAUACCCUCGCGCUCCACCUGCCAGCCGACGCGGAUCACCUGCCGCUACGUGAAGCCGCAGCGCACCAUGCAUCCGCCCCAGCUGAUGGAGGGCGAGGCCCUGGCCAGCCGAGUGCUGGAGCUGGGUCCGUGCUCCACCAAGUUCAUUGGGCCGGUGGUCAUGGAGGUGCCGCACUUCGCCUCGCUGCGUGGCAAGGAGCGUGAGAUCAUUAUCCUGCGCUCGGACAACGGCGAAACCUGGCGCGAGCACACCAUCGACAACUCCGAAGAGAUAAUCCACGAUGUCAUGCAGCAGUGCUUCGAGCCGGAGGAAAUCGCUCAACUGGAGGAACAGGCUGGCAACCAUGUCUGUCGAUUCGUCACCUACGACUUCCCCCAGUACUUCGCAGUGGUAUCGCGCAUCCGCCAGGAGGUGCAUGCCAUUGGACCCGAGGGCGGUAUGGUGUCCAGCACCGUGGUGCCACAGGUGCAGGCCGUCUUCCCCCAGGGAGCACUCACCAAGAAGAUCAAAGUGGGCUUACAGGCCCAGCCGGUCGAUCCCGAUCUAACCGCCAAGCUGCUCGGCCGUGGGGUGGCCGUAUCCCCAAUUGUUACGGUUGAGCCGCGGCGCCGCAAGUUCCACAAGGCCAUCACCCUCAGCAUGCCCGCCCCCAAGGCCCACAGCCAGGGGAUGAUUAAUCAGUACUCCGGAAACACUCCCACCCUCCGCCUGCUCUGCUCGAUCACAGGCGGACCAUCUCGGGCCCAGUGGGAGGAUGUCACUGGCUCCACGCCCCUGACCUUUGUCAACGAUUGUGUCUCCUUCACGACCACAGUGUCCGCUCGUUUCUGGCUGAUGGACUGCCGCAAUAUUUCCGAUGCCACAAAGAUGGCCACUGAGCUAUACAAGGAGGUAAUCCACGUGCCCUUCAUUGCCAAGUUUGUGGUAUUCGCAAAGAAAAUCGAACCCUACGAAGCCCGCCUCCGGGUAUUCUGCAUGACAGACGAUCGCGAGGAUAAGACCCUCGAAAAGCACGAGCUUUACACCGAGGUGGCGAAGAGCAGAGACGUAGAGGUGCUGGAGGGCAAGCCUCAGUUCAUAGAAAUGGCUGGAAACCUAGUGCCCGUGACCAAGUCUGGCGAUCAGCUCCAACUGCAGUUCAAGGCCUUCCGCGAGAACCGUCUGCCCUUCACAGUCCGUGUCAAGGAUCAGCAUGCCGAUAUUGUCGGUCGCACGCUGUUCAUGAAGGAGCCAAAGGUGGCCAAGGGCGAGCCACCGCAACAGCCCAUCUGUAUCCUGAACAUUGUUCUUCCGGAGGCAGUGAUACCGGACUCCACCACCGCCUUCUCGGAUCGCGUCACUUCCGCCUACAGAACCUCGAUGUUCAGCCUCAGCAAGCACCAGAACGAUCACUACAUCGGCGAUAUCCGCAUCGUAGACCUUUCAAACCUAUUGGGUAAGGAUUGGAUCCAACUAGCCCCAGAGAUCGGCAUCAAUUCCGAGGAGAUUGACGAGAUCAUCGACCACAACACCGACAGUAUUGCUCGACAGGCGCAAAGUAUGAUCCGCCUGUACAAGGACAAGCCCAACUACGACAUCCUUUCCCUAGAGUCAGCCCUCAAGAAUAUUGGCAGGGAUGAUAUUAUGAAAAAGUGCAAGAGCGGAAGACUUUCACAUUCCCGGGAGUUCGAUGACACAGACAUCAUGAAGAACUCGGAAUCGGUCGAAGAGCUGGUUCGAAGAGAAAGUAAGCGGAUCCAGCAAAUAAACGAACGUGAAGAGGUUAAAUACUCCGCAGAGGAGAAGGAGGUCGAAGAAUCCGAGUCCGACGAAGAAGCAGCCAAACGAACUGUGGCGGAACGCCGGGAGAAGAUUGUGAAGCGCUUGUCCAUGGAACGAUCCAUUCCUGCCUCGACGCAAAAAAGGGAGAUCACACGCGAAAUAACUGAAAUCAAACGAAAGAGUCUCAUCGAGGACAAGAAGGCCAUUCACGAGUCCGAGAUUCUGAUGCAGCUGCCUGCCGACAAUGUCAUCAUCAAGGGCACCCCUGUACCCGACCAGGUCAUCAAGAUGAAGAUGGGUAAGAUGGAUUCGACCGAAGUGACCAAGAGUGAGUUCGACAAGGAGCUGACUCACAAGUUCAAGACUUCCGGACGUAGUUCUGAAGAAGAGGACCAGCCAUCGUCACCCGACCAGACAGACAAAAUCGUCCACGACAUAAGUGCCGCCGAAAAGAAGGAAAAGGACAGCGUUUCCUUCAGCAGGGUGGCCAUCACCCGCCAGGAAGCCCGCGACAUUACUGAAGAUUUCUUGGAGAUGGAGAAACGAAGCCAACUCCCAGCGACCACCACCAGCGCUACUGUUCACGAGAAGUUCGUUGUGGAGAUCAAAGAGAAGACAAGUCCUAUGGACUCAGUGCCCCAGGAAACCGUCAAGGAGGUACAGCAAGUAAUCAGCGAGGUGACCGAAAUCGCCAGCAAGAAGGUUGAGAACAUAAUAAGCUCCUUUGAGAGCGGGAAACCAGAAGAAGUUCCAGCCUCAAUUACCACACAAUCAGUACCCGAAUCAGUCAAAGUAAGCGAGACUAUUAAGCAUCUGCAGGAUACUAAGAGCCAAGAGCAAGUCAAGUCGGUUGAAAUUAUCGAGAGCUCAAGUAUAGAACAGACCAUUUCCGAAUUUGAGGCCAAAAAGGUGAAGUACGACUUCCAUGGCGGUGAGCCCAAGACCCAGAUUCCCAAGUUCACAAGAAAGCCCAGCGAUGAUAUAAUUAAACCUACAGCUGCUCCUCGUGCAACAGCCGAGCCAGAGGCGGAUUUCUCUGCGGAAAGCAAGCCAGAGAAACCAGUGUCCAAGAUUCCGGUUAAGACAACUUCUGUUGAUGCCCCAAAGAUUGGAGAAGUGGAGGCCCGGAAGAUUACACAUGACUUCCUGCAGGGAGAAAAAUUGGCGGCUGAGCCAAAGCCAGCUCCAGCAGCCAGCAAGAUUCCCAAGGUGGAGCCCAGGAAAUCGGUAGAAAAGUUGGUCGAAAAGGAAUCUAAGAUCUUGGAUGAUGUGGUUGCCUCAACUGCGACAAUCAUGACAGCAGGACUGGGAACCGAACAACUGCCGGUGAAACAGCCAGAAAUUACUGACAAAGCUGAUGCCGUUGCCGAAAAAGUAUCCGAGCUUAUUGAGACAUUCCACAAGAUAGAGGAGAAGGUUACCAAGUCUGAAAAGACCUCCGAAAUUACCAGCAAGGUCGAGGACCUCGUCAAGAUUGAGGAAAAGCCCCUUCAGAAGGAAGAAAAGAAAGAGGACAAGGUGGCGGAGAAGAUUGCUGAUGUUGUGGAAACAUUCCACAAGAUUGAGGAGCAGAUCACUACCGCCGAUGCCCGCAAGCUCACCCACGAUUUUCUCAGCAUGGAGCAGCAAUCGCAGCUGCCGAGCUUGCCCCAAGCCCAGGAGAAGACGUUGGAGUCGAGUUUGACGUCCACCACCACUUCGGAGCCAGAGUCCUUGGUGUCCAUUAAGCCGGCACCGCCUGCAAGCAAGAUACCUGUAGUGGAACCCAGAAAGACUCUGGUGGACGAAGCCGCCAAAACACAAGUGGAGCCUUUAAUUGAACCUACCAAGACCCUUGUGGAGGAGACCUCAAAGCCUCUGGAGGAUACAAAGCCAACUGAGAAGAAAGCACUGAAUGAACGUCAGCUUACUGCCGACUUUCUCAGCAUGGAACAGCAAACCCAAUUGGUUUCCCAGCCCGUAAAGACACUCAUCGAAGAAGUUGUGAAAACCGCCGAGCAGGUGGUCGAUCUUGCAAAGGACCAAAAGCCAAUUGAUGCGCGUCAGCUCACCUCGGACUUCCUAAGUAUGGAGCAGCGAACCCAGCUGCCUUCCCAGAUCGUUAGUGGUGAUGCCAAGCUGAUCGAUGGCAUUGAGUCUGCGGCUCCCGUUGGGGAGGACUCACCAUUCCACACCACCAAAGUGGUUACCAGUGUUCUAAGCGAGGAAUAUGAUAGUGAUACUUUUGAUAAGCGAGCCACCGUUCCACUAAGCCAGACCCUGAAAGAGGAGGGACUUACUGCUCCAGUGUCAGUCGAGCCACGAAAAUCCCUUACCGAUGCCGAGUUCUGCAAGUCCGUGGGCGAGACAAUCUCCAAGAAGAUGAGCGAGGGCGUAAUUGAGAUAACUGAUGAGCUCAAGAAAAUAGCGAGCGACAUUCCACACUCCCAGACUCCGCCGCCCACGCCCUGUGACAUCAAAAAGCAGAACGAGCAGCCCGAACUCACAAGCUUAGAACGUGAUUACCUGGCCGACACUGUCACCACUUUGCACACGACCACUGAGUCGACCUUUGAACGCGUCUCUGCCAUUACCACAGUUGAGCACUUCAGUGUUCAUAGUGUAAAACCCGAAACCUUUACAAGAACAGAUGAAACUGAAAAGCUGCUUCAUAGUAUGGUAGCUUCCCCCGAUAACCACAACAUGUACUCACAAGACACUACCUCAUUUCCAGAAAUGAGUACAAGUAGUCAAGCCCCGAAGAUGACAACUACGACGACCCUGACAGCACACAUAGAUCGCACCAAGGUAGACUUGACAGUACCAGAGCCCCAGCCGCAGUCACAGGACGAUAAGAAUCAGCAGAAGGAGCAACUUCCUGUAGAUAAAGAUGCAGGAACACCAGAUCUAGAUAAACCUUCUUCCAGCGAUAGGGAGUAUUUAGAACAAAUAAUGGGAUGCGGUGAUGUGAGGCGCAAGAUAUUGCGUUUGGAGAGCAGUGGCAGCACUGAAUCCCUGGACUCGAGUGCCAAGCAACCGGGAGUGACUCCCAAGUAUAUAGGUGACAAUGUUCCGGUGGUGCGAGAAGUGGUGCAAAGCAUCGAGGACAAGAUCUGCGGUACAGUGGUGUCGGCUAUUCCGUUCGCCGUUCACAAACGUGACCCCCAAGAAAAAGACACAGAACCGGACGUUGUAGAAGUAGAAAAGCAAAUACUUACGCCAGCUGACCUGGCUUUUGAAAAGUUAAUAAGAGGUGAACCGCCAGUUGAGGUGGUAAGAAUUUCGCCAAUUAAAGCUAUGGAAAAUGUUGGCAUUGGACUGAAGGAAAUCGAAGAGGAUGUUUGUGAGAGGGUGUGCGUAAAGCGCAAGGCCUUUGAGGUGGCCGAAGACUUAUGUGAAACAGAAAAGACUUUUUCAGAGCAGGUAAUAGGAUUAGGUAGGAAUGUAGAACAGGUACCUGGGAAGAUUUUAGCUGAAACCACUGAGAAGCACUUAGACAUAGAAGAUAAGGAAGCCUUGGAGGCUGGUGCGAAGGUCAGGGAAGUCGUGCAAGACAUCGAGCGUCGAUAUCCUGCAUCGAGACUAGAGGCUAAGCCUUUUACUCCACGAACACGACUUACCACAGACCGUAAGGCUGACGUGUUGUCAAUAGAGCAACAGAUUUUAAACGAAACCGAUCUGAUUUUAGAUGGCUUGGGUUCUAAGCGUAUACCAGAACAAAAGGUCAAGUCCCCAGUUUUGGAAACCGCCAAGACCAGUCCUAGUAUUGAAAAUCUAGAAGGCGCAUGCGAAAAGAUAUGCUCAAAACGAACAAUCUCUGAGAUGGCAAAGGCCUUUGAAAAGCCAGACCAGCUUGAGACUUCAGCUGCCGUCGCUGACGUCAAAUCGAUUACGUCCAAGUUCCUAGAGCACGAGUCCAAGGGCGACGUAGCUGAGAGUGUUAAAGAGUUUGAGGCCAAAAACAUUGUUCAUGAUAGCCUAACAGGGAAAACAGAACGACAAAAUAUUUUACUAAGCGAAUGUGAUAUACAAGAAUUUCCAAUAGAAGAGACUAAGGAUAAACUUAUAGAAUUUCCAAAACUAGGACACACUUUUGAUCGAUUGCAUUCCAUUUCCAAAACUGAUAUAGCUGACACAAAAGACUUUGUACACGUAGUAAGCGAUUACGAAGAAAAGCUGGGUGAAAUAAUAGAUCAUCAGAUCACACAAAGUAACACAGAAGAUGCAACAGUUCCAGUUAAAUUUCCCACAAAUGAGAAAAAAGAUGAGUUUGAAACCCACCAGCUCAUGGUCUCAAAGACCUUUGUACUUUCCCAAACGACUGACAAAGCAAUAACCAAGUUUCCGUCUGAUUUAGAAACUACAUUAGAUAAGCAUGGAAGUGAUAGCGAAAGUGACGAGGAACUAGACCAUAAUACUAAGUUACUCAAACUGCAGCAUUUAGCGACAACUGAACGCACAUCCAGCCAAAACGUUACACAGAAGCAUAGCAGUUCUUAUGAAAACGAACCAGUUUCUAUUAAAACUACAGAUAUAAGAAAGUUUCCUACAGGUCACGAUAUUUUAACAGAUAGUCAAUUAAAAUCUGCUUUUGAUAUUGACAAGACAGAUACAUUUUAUGAAAAGCCACUAAAAAAAGGUGACACUGAAACCGAAAUGGCGGUUCAGUCCGUUCAGCCAGUGCAUCCGAAGCCCAAAACAUAUAUCGAUGGUGAAAGCGAUGAGGACUUCGAUGUCCCCAAGCCCCAAGACAAACCAGUAAGUCAGCCAUCUCCACUGAUUACUCCUUUCAUUGGUACUGGCGAAAAAUCGCCUGCUAAGGAUAAUUUCAAUCCUCAAUCAAUUACGACAUUCAAGGCAGAAGAAACCUUGACGACUAUUCAAUCAGACGUCAAAUCUGUGAGUACUGUCGUAUCUGUAACUGACAGUCACGUAACAGACAUCAAAGCACCAAGUAAGCCAGAGGAAAAGCCUCAGGGACCCAUUGACUCAGUAAAACCAGGUCCGAAAGAAUAUUCCGAUGAUGAAAGCGAUGAGGACUUUGAUGUUCCCAACCCCCAAGAUAAACCAGUUAGUCAGCCAUCUUCGUUGAUUACUCCUCUAGUCGGUCCUGGGGAAAAAUCACCAGUCAAAACUGAUGCAAAACCGAAACCGAUUGACUUGAAGGACUCCACUAAGCCUGACGAGAAGCCCAAGGCUCCGAUCGUGUCAGAGAAGCCAAGUCCAAAAGAAUAUUCCGAUGACGAAAGCGAUGAAGACUUUGAUGUUCCCAAGCCCCAAGACAAACCAGUUAGUCAGCCAUCUCCUUUGAUUACUCCUUUCAUUGGUACUGGCGAGAAAUCGCCUGCUAAGGAUGAUUUCAAGCCUCAAUCAAUUACGACAUUCAAGGCAGAAGAAAGCUUCACGACUAUUCAAUCAGACGUCAAAUCUGUAAGUACGGUCGUAUCUGUAACUGACAGUCACGUAACAGACAUCAAAGCACCAAGUAAGCCAGAGGAAAAGCCCCAGGGACCCAUUGACUCAGUAAAACCAGGUCCGAAAGAAUAUUCCGAUGACGAAAGCGAUGAAGACUUUGAUGUUCCCAAGCCCCAAGAUAAACCAGUUGGUCAGCCAUAUCCUUUGAUUACUCCUUUCACUGGCGAAAAAUCGCCUGCUAAGGAUGAUUUCAAGCCUCAAUCAAUUACGACAUUCAAGGCAGAAGAAAGCUUCACGACUAUUCAAUCAGACGUCAAAUCUGUGAGUACGGUCGUAUCUGUAACUGACAGUCACGUAACAGACAUCAAAGCACCAAGUAAGCCAGAGGAAAAGCCUCAGGGACCCAUUGACUCAGUAAAACCAGGUCCGAAAGAAUAUUCCGAUGACGAAAGCGAUGAGGACUUUGAUGUUCCCAAGCCCCAAAAUAAACCAGUUAGUCAGCCAUCUCCUUUGAUUACUCCCCUAGUCGGUUCUUGGGAAAAAUCACCAGUCAAAACUGAUGAAAAACCAAAGCCCUUUGACUUGAAGGACUCCACUAAGCCUGACGAGAAGCCCAAGGCUCCGAUCGUGUCAGAGAAGCCAAGUCCAAAAGAAUAUUCCGAUGACGAAAGCGAUGAAGACUUUGAUGUUCCCAAGCCCCAAGACAAACCAGUUAGUCAGCCAUCUCCUUUGAUUACUCCUUUCAUUGGUACUGGCGAAAAAUCGCCUGCUAAGGAUGAUUUCAAGCCUCAAUCAAUUACGACAUUCAAGGCAGAAGAAAGCUUCACGACUAUUCAAUCAGACGUCAAAUCUGUGAGUACGGUCGUAUCUGUAACUGACAGUCACGUAACAGACAUCAAAGCACCAAGUAAGCCAGAGGAAAAGCCUCAGGGACCCAUUGACUCAGUAAAACCAGGUCCGAAAGAAUAUUCCGAUGACGAAAGCGAUGAGGACUUUGAUGUUCCCAAGCCCCAAAAUAAACCAGUUAGUCAGCCAUCUCCUUUGAUUACUCCCCUAGUCGGUUCUUGGGAAAAAUCACCAGUCAAAACUGAUGAAAAACCAAAGCCCUUUGACUUGAAGGACUCCACUAAGCCUGACGAAAAGCCCAAGGCUCCGAUCGUGUCAGAGAAGCCAAGUCCAAAAGAGUAUUCCGAUGACGAAAGCGAUGAAGACUUUGAUGUUCCCAAGCCCCAAGACAAACCAGUUAGUCAGCCAUCUCCUUUGAUUACUCCUUUCAUUGGUACUGGCGAAAAAUCGCCUGCUAAGGAUGAUUUCAAGCCUCAAUCAAUUACGACAUUCAAGGCAGAAGAAAGCUUCACGACUAUUCAAUCAGACGUCAAAUCUGUGAGUACGGUCGUAUCUGUAACUGACAGUCACGUAACAGACAUCAAAGCACCAAGUAAGCCAGAGGAAAAGCCUCAGGGACCCAUUGACUCAGUAAAACCAGGUCCGAAAGAAUAUUCCGAUGAUGAAAGCGAUGAGGACUUUGAUGUUCCCAAGCCCCAAGAUAAACCAGUUAGUCAGCCAUCUUCUUUGAUUACUCCUCUAGUCGGUCCUGGGGAAAAAUCACCAGUCAAAACUACUGAAAAACCGAAACCGAUUGACUUGAAGGACUCCACUAAGCCUGACGAAAAGCCCAAGGCUCCGAUCGUGUCAGAGAAGCCAAGUCCAAAAGAGUAUUCCGAUGACGAAAGCGAUGAAGACUUUGAUGUUCCCAAGCCCCAAGACAAACCAGUUAGUCAGCCAUCUCCUUUGAUUACUCCUUUCAUUGGUACUGGCGAGAAAUCGCCUGCUAAGGAUGAUUUCAAGCCUCAAUCAAUUACGACAUUCAAGGCAGAAGAAAGCUUCACGACUAUUCAAUCAGACGUCAAAUCUGUGAGUACGGUCGUAUCUGUAACUGACAGUCACGUAACAGACAUCAAAGCACCAACGAAGCCAGAGGAAAAGCCUCAGGGACCCAUUGACUCAGUAAAACCAGGUCCGAAAGAAUAUUCCGAUGAUGAAAGCGAUGAGGACUUUGAUGUUCCCAAGCCCCAAGAUAAACCAGUUAGUCAGCCAUCUUCGUUGAUUACUCCUCUAGUCGGUCCUGGGGAAAAAUCACCAGUCAAAACUGAUGAAAAACCAAAGCCCUUUGACUUGAAGGACUCCACUAAGCCUGACGAAAAGCCCAAGGCUCCGAUCGUGUCAGAGAAGCCAAGUCCAAAAGAGUAUUCCGAUGACGAAAGCGAUGAAGACUUUGAUGUUCGCAAGCCCCAAGACAAACCAGUUAGUCAGCCAUCUCCUUUGAUUACUCCUUUCAUUGGUACUGGCGAGAAAUCGCCUGCUAAGGAUGAUUUCAAGCCUCAAUCAAUUACGACAUUCAAGGCAGAAGAAAGCUUCACGACUAUUCAAUCAGACGUCAAAUCUGUAAGUACGGUCGUAUCUAUUACUGACAGUCACGUAACAGACAUCAAAGCACCAAGUAAGCCAGAGGAAAAGCCUCAGGGACCUAUUGACUCAGUAAAACCAGGUCCGAAAGACUAUUCCGAUGACGAAAGCGAUGAGGACUUUGAUGUUCCCAAGCCCCAAGAUAAACCAGUUGGUCAGCCAUAUCCUUUGAUUACUCCUUUCACUGGCGAAAAAUCGCCUGCUAAGGAUGAUUUCAAGCCUCAAUCAAUUACGACAUUCAAGGCAGAAGAAAGCUUCACGACUAUUCAAUCAGACGUCAAAUCUGUGAGUACGGUCGUAUCUGUAACUGACAGUCACGUAACAGACAUCAAAGCACAAAGUAAGCCAGAGGAAAAGCCUCAGGGACCCAUUGACUCAGUAAAACCAGGUCCGAAAGAAUAUUCCGAUGACGAAAGCGAUGAGGACUUUGAUGUUCCCAAGCCCCAAAAUAAACCAGUUAGUCAGCCAUCUCCUUUGAUUACUCCCCUAGUCGGUUCUUGGGAAAAAUCACCAGUCAAAACUGAUGAAAAACCGAAACCGAUUGACUUGAAGGACUCCACUAAGCCUGACGAAAAGCCCAAGGCUCCGAUCGUUUCAGAGAAGCCAAGUCCAAAAGAGUAUUCCGAUGACGAAAGCGAUGAAGACUUUGAUGUUCGCAAGCCCCAAGACAAACCAGUUAGUCAGCCAUCUCCUUUGAUUACUCCUUUCAUUGGUACUGGCGAGAAAUCGCCUGCUAAGGAUGAUUUCAAGCCUCAAUUAAUUACGACAUUCAAGGCAGAAGAAAGCUUCACGACUAUUCAAUCAGACGUCAAAUCUGUAAGUACGGUAGUAUCUGUAACUGACAGUCACGUAACAGACAUCAAAGCACCAAGUAAGCCAGAGGAAAAGCCUCAGGGACCCAUUGACUCAGUAAAACCAGGUCCGAAAGAAUAUUCCGAUGACGAAAGCGAUGAGGACUUUGAUGUUCCCAAGCCCCAAGAUAAACCAGUUAGUCAGCCAUCUCCUUUGAUUACUCCCCUAGUCGGUUCUGGGGAAAAAUCACCAGUCAAAACUGAUGAAAAACCAAAGCUCUUUGACUUGAAGGACUCCACUAAGCCUGACGAGAAGCCCAAGGCUCCGAUCGUGUCAGAGAAGCCAAGUCCAAAAGAGUAUUCCGAUGACGAAAGCGAUGAAGACUUUGAUGUUCCCAAGCCCCAAGAUAAACCAGUUAGUCAGCCAUCUCCUUUGAUUACUCCUCUAGUCGGUCCUGGGGAAAAAUCACCAGUCAAAACUGAUGAAAAACCAAAGCCCUUUGACUUGAAGGACUCCACUAAGCCUAACGAAAAGCCCAAGGCUCCGAUCGUGUCAGCGAAGCCAAGUCCAAAAGAAUAUUCCAAUGACGAAAGCGAUGGAGACUUUGAUGUUCCCAAGCCCCAAGAUAAACCAGUUAGUCAGCCAUCUCCUUUGAUUACUCCUUUCAUUGGUACUGGCGAGAAAUCGCCUGCUAAGGAUGAUUUCAAGCCUCAAUCAAUUACGACAUUCAAGGCAGAAGAAACCUUGACGACUAUUCAAUCAGACGUCAAAUCUGUGAGUACGGUCGUAUCUGUAACUGACAGUCACGUAACAGACAUCAAAGCACCAAGUAAGCCAGAGGAAAAGCCUCAGGGACCCAUUGACUCAGUAAAACCAGGUCCGAAAGAAUAUUCCGAUGACGAAAGCGAUGAGGACUUUGAUGUUCCCAAGCCCCAAGAUAAACCAGUUAGUCAGCCAUCUCCUUUGAUUACUCCCCUAGUCGGUUCUGGGGAAAAAUCACCAGUCAAAACUGAUGAAAAACCAAAGCUCUUUGACUUGAAGGACUCCACUAAGCCUGACGAGAAGCCCAAGGCUCCGAUCGUGUCAGAGAAGCCAAGUCCAAAAGAGUAUUCCGAUGACGAAAGCGAUGAGGACUUUGAUGUUCCCAAGCCCCAAGAUAAACCAGUCAGUCAGCCAUCUCCUUUGAUUACUCCUCUAGUCGGUCCUGGGGAAAAAUCACCAGUCAAAACUGAUGAAAAACCAAAGCCCUUUGACUUGAAGGACUCCACUAAGCCUAACGAAAAGCCCAAGGCUCCGAUCGUGUCAGAGAAGCCAAGUCCAAAAGAAUAUUCCGAUGACGAAAGCGAUGGAGACUUUGAUGUUCCCAAGCCCCAAGACAAACCAGUUAGUCAGCCAUCUCCUUUGAUUACUCCCCUAGUCGGUCCUGGGGAAAAAUCACCAGUCAAAACUGAUGAAAAACCAAAGCCCUUUGACUUGAAGGACUCCACUAAGCCUGACGAAAAGCCCAAGGCUCCGAUCGUGUCAGAGAAGCCAAGUCCAAAAGAGUAUUCCGAUGACGAAAGCGAUGAAGACUUUGAUGUUCCCAAGCCCCAAGACAAACCAGUUAGUCAGCCAUCUCCUUUGAUUACUCCUUUCAUUGGUACUGGCGAGAAAUCGCCUGCUAAGGAUGAUUUCAAGCCUCAAUCAAUUACGACAUUCAAGGCAGAAGAAAGCUUCACGACUAUUCAAUCAGACGUCAAAUCUGUGAGUACGGUCGUAUCUGUAACUGACAGUCACGUAACAGACAUCAAAGCACCAAGUAAGCCAGAGGAAAAGCCUCAGGGACCCAUUGACUCAGUAAAACCAGGUCCGAAAGAAUAUUCCGAUGAUGAAAGCGAUGAGGACUUUGAUGGUCCCAAGCCCCAAGAUAAACCAGUUAGUCAGCCAUCUCCUUUGAUUACUCCUCUAGUCGGUCCUGGGGAAAAAUCACCAGUCAAAACUGAUGAAAAACCAAAGCUCUUUGACUUGAAGGACUCCACUAAGCCUGACGAGAAGCCCAAGGCUCUGAUCGUGUCAGAGAAGCCAAGUCCAAAAGAGUAUUCCGAUGACGAAAGCGAUGAAGACUUUGAUGUUCCCAAGCCCCAAGAUAAACCAGUCAGUCAGCCAUCUCCUUUGAUUACUCCUCUAGUCGGUCCUGGGGAAAAAUCACCAGUCAAAACUGAUGAAAAACCAAAGCCCUUUGACUUGAAGGACUCCACUAAGCCUAACGAAAAGCCCAAGGCUCCGAUCGUGUCAGCGAAGCCAAGUCCAAAAGAAUAUUCCGAUGACGAAAGCGAUGGAGACUUUGAUGUUCCCAAGCCCCAAGAUAAACCAGUUAGUCAGCCAUCUCCUUUGAUUACUCCCCUAGUCGGUCCUGGGGAAAAAUCACCAGUCAAAACUGAUUUAAAACCAAAGCCCUUUGACUUGAAGGACUCCACUAAGCCUGACGAAAAGCCCAAGGCUCCGAUCGUGUCAGAGAAGCCAAGUCCAAAAGAGUAUUCCGAUGACGAAAGCGAUGAAGACUUUGAUGUUCCCAAGCCCCAAGACAAACCAGUUAGUCAGCCAUCUCCUUUGAUUACUCCUUUCAUUGGUACUGGCGAAAAAUCGCCUGCUAAGGAUGAUUUCAAGCCUCAAUCAAUUACGACAUUCAAGGCAGAAGAAAGCUUCACGACUAUUCAAUCAGACGUCAAAUCUGUGAGUACGGUCGUAUCUGUAACUGACAGUCACGUAACAGACAUCAAAGCACCAAGUAAGCCAGAGGAAAAGCCUCAGGGACCCAUUGACUCAGUAAAACCAGGUCCGAAAGAAUAUUCCGAUGACGAAAGCGAUGAGGACUUUGAUGUUCCCAAGCCCCAAGAUAAACCAGUUAGUCAGCCAUCUCCUUUGAUUACUCCUCUAGUCGGUCCUGGGGAAAAAUCACCAGUCAAAACUGAUAAAAAACCAAAGCUCUUUGACUUGAAGGACUCCACUAAGCCUGACGAGAAGCCCAAGGCUCCGAUCGUGUCAGAGAAGCCAAGUCCAAAAGAGUAUUCCGAUGACGAAAGCGAUGAAGACUUUGAUGUUCCCAAGCCCCAAGAUAAACCAGUUAGUCAGCCAUCUCCUUUGAUUACUCCUUUCAUUGGUACUGGCGAAAAAUCGCCUGCUAAGGAUGAUUUCAAGCCUCAAUCAAUUACGACAUUCAAGGCAGAAGAAAGCUUCACGACUAUUCAAUCAGACGUCAAAUCUGUGAGUACGGUCGUAUCUGUAACUGACAGUCACGUAACAGACAUCAAAGCACCAAGUAAGCCAGAGGAAAAGCCUCAGGGACCCAUUGACUCAGUAAAACCAGGUCCGAAAGAAUAUUCCGAUGACGAAAGCGAUGAGGACUUUGAUGUUCCCAAGCCCCAAGAUAAACCAGUUAGUCAGCCAUCUCCUUUGAUUACUCCUCUAGUCGGUCCUGGGGAAAAAUCACCAGUCAAAACUGAUGAAAAACCAAAGCUCUUUGACUUGAAGGACUCCACUAAGCCUGACGAAAAGCCCAAGGCUCCGAUCGUGUCAGAGAAGCCAAGUCCAAAAGAGUAUUCCGAUGACGAAAGCGAUGAGGACUUUGAUGUUCCCAAGCCCCAAGAUAAACCAGUCAGUCAGCCAUCUCCUUUGAUUACUCCUCUAGUCGGUCCUGGGGAAAAAUCACCAGUCAAAACUGAUGAAAAACCAAAGCCCUUUGACUUGAAGGACUCCACUAAGCCUAACGAAAAGCCCAAGGCUCCGAUCGUGUCAGAGAAGCCAAGUCCAAAAGAGUAUUCCGAUGACGAAAGCGAUGAAGACUUUGAUGUUCCCAAGCCCCAAGAUAAAUCAGUCAGUCAGCCAUCUCCUUUGAUUACUCCUCUAGUCGGUCCUGGGGAAAAAUCACCAGUCAAAACUGAUGAAAAACCAAAGCUCUUUGACUUGAAGGACUCCACUAAGCCUGACGAGAAGCCCAAGGCUCUGAUCGUGUCAGAGAAGCCAAGUCCAAAAGAGUAUUCCGAUGACGAAAGCGAUGAAGACUUUGAUGUUCCCAAGCCCCAAGAUAAAUCAGUCAGUCAGCCAUCUCCUUUGAUUACUCCUCUAGUCGGUCCUGGGGAAAAAUCACCAGUCAAAACUGAUGAAAAACCAAAGCCCUUUGACUUGAAGGACUCCACUAAGCCUAACGAAAAGCCCAAGGCUCCGAUCGUGUCAGCGAAGCCAAGUCCAAAAGAAUAUUCCGAUGACGAAAGCGAUGGAGACUUUGAUGUUCCCAAGCCCCAAGAUAAACCAGUUAGUCAGCCAUCUCCUUUGAUUACUCCCCUAGUCGGUCCUGGGGAAAAAUCACCAGUCAAAACUGAUGAAAAACCAAAGCCCUUUGACUUGAAGGACUCCACUAAGCCUGACGAAAAGCCCAAGGCUCCGAUCGUGUCAGAGAAGCCAAGUCCAAAAGAGUAUUCCGAUGACGAAAGCGAUGAAGACUUUGAUGUUCCCAAGCCCCAAGACAAACCAGUUAGUCAGCCAUCUCCUUUGAUUACUCCUUUCAUUGGUACUGGCGAGAAAUCGCCUGCUAAGGAUGAUUUCAAGCCUCAAUCAAUUACGACAUUCAAGGCAGAAGAAAGCUUCACGACUAUUCAAUCAGACGUCAAAUCUGUGAGUACGGUCGUAUCUGUAACUGACAGUCACGUAACAGACAUCAAAGCACCAAGUAAGCCAGAGGAAAAGCCUCAGGGACCCAUUGACUCAGUAAAACCAGGUCCGAAAGAAUAUUCCGAUGACGAAAGCGAUGAGGACUUUGAUGUUCCCAAGCCCCAAGAUAAACCAGUUAGUCAGCCAUCUCCUUUGAUUACUCCCCUAGUCGGUUCUGGGGAAAAAUCACCAGUCAAAACUGAUGAAAAACCAAAGCCCUUUGACUUGAGGGACUCCACUAAGCCUGACGAAAAGCCCAAGGCUCCGAUCGUGUCAGAGAAGCCAAGUCCAAAAGAGUAUUCCGAUGACGAAAGCGAUGAAGACUUUGAUGUUCCCAAGCCCCAAGACAAACCAGUUAGUCAGCCAUCUCCUUUGAUUACUCCUUUCAUUGGUACUGGCGAGAAAUCGCCUGCUAAGGAUGAUUUCAAGCCUCAAUCAAUUACGACAUUCAAGGCAGAAGAAACCUUGACGACUAUUCAAUCAGACGUCAAAUCUGUGAGUACGGUCGUAUCUGUAACUGACAGUCACGUAACAGACAUCAAAGCACCAAGUAAGCCAGAGGAAAAGCCUCAGGGACCCAUUGACUCAGUAAAACCAGGUCCGAAAGAAUAUUCCGAUGAUGAAAGCGAUGAGGACUUUGAUGUUCCCAAGCCCCAAGAUAAACCAGUCAGUCAGCCAUCUCCUUUGAUUACACCUCUAGUCGGUCCUGGGGAAAAAUCACCAGUCAAAACUGAUGAAAAACCGAAACCGAUUGACUUGAAGGACUCCACUAAGCCUGACGAAAAGCCCAAGGCUCCGAUCGUGUCAGAGAAGCCAAGUCCAAAAGAGUAUUCCGAUGACGAAAGCGAUGAGGACUUUGAUGUUCCCAAGCCCCAAGAUAAACCAGUCAGUCAGCCAUCUCCUUUGAUUACUCCUCUAGUCGGUCCUGGGGAAAAAUCACCAGUCAAAACUGAUGAAAAACCAAAGCCCUUUGACUUGAAGGACUCCACUAAGCCUAACGAAAAGCCCAAGGCUCCGAUCGUGUCAGAGAAGCCAAGUCCAAAAGAAUAUUCCGAUGACGAAAGCGAUGAAGACUUUGAUGUUCCCAAGCCCCAAGAUAAACCAGUUAGUCAGCCAUCUCCUUUGAUUACUCCCCUAGUCGGUCCUGGGGAAAAAUCACCAGUCAAAACUGAUGAAAAACCAAAGCCCUUUGACUUGAAGGACUCCACUAAGCCUGACGAAAAGCCCAAGGCUCCGAUCGUGUCAGAGAAGCCAAGUCCAAAAGAAUAUUCCGAUGACGAAAGCGAUGAGGACUUUGAUGUUCCCAAGCCCCAAGAUAAACCAGUCAGUCAGCCAUCUCCUUUGAUUACUCCUCUAGUCGGUCCUGGGGAAAAAUCACCAGUCAAAACUGAUGAAAAACCGAAACCGAUUGACUUGAAGGACUCCACUAAGCCUGACGAAAAGCCCAAGGCUCCGAUCGUGUCAGAGAAGCCAAGUCCAAAAGAAUAUUCCGAUGACGAAAGCGAUGAGGACUUUGAUGUUCCCAAGCCCCAAGACAAACCAGUUAGUCAGCCAUCUCCUUUGAUUACUCCUUUCAUUGGUACUGGCGAAAAAUCGCCUGCUAAGGAUGAUUUCAAGCCUCAAUCAAUUACGACAUUCAAGGCAGAAGAAACCUUGACGACUAUUCAAUCAGACGUCAAAUCUGUGAGUACGGUCGUAUCUGUAACUGACAGUCACGUAACAGACAUCAAAGCACCAAGUAAGCCAGAGGAAAAGCCUCAGGGACCCAUUGACUCAGUAAAACCAGGUCCGAAAGAAUAUUCCGAUGACGAAAGCGAUGAGGACUUUGAUGUUCCCAAGCCCCAAGAUAAACCAGUCAGUCAGCCAUCUCCUUUGAUUACACCUCUAGUCGGUCCUGGGGAAAAAUCACCAGUCAAAACUGAUGAAAAACCGAAACCGAUUGACUUGAAGGACUCCACUAAGCCUGACGAAAAGCCCAAGGCUCCGAUCGUGUCAGAGAAGCCAAGUCCAAAAGAGUAUUCCGAUGACGAAAGCGAUGAGGACUUUGAUGUUCCCAAGCCCCAAGAUAAACCAGUCAGUCAGCCAUCUCCUUUGAUUACUCCUCUAGUCGGUCCUGGGGAAAAAUCACCAGUCAAAACUGAUGAAAAACCAAAGCCCUUUGACUUGAAGGACUCCACUAAGCCUGACGAAAAGCCCAAGGCUCCGAUCGUGUCAGAGAAGCCAAGUCCAAAAGAGUAUUCCGAUGACGAAAGCGAUGAGGACUUUGAUGUUCCCAAGCCCCAAGAUAAACCAGUCAGUCAGCCAUCUCCUUUGAUUACUCCUCUAGUCGGUCCUGGGGAAAAAUCACCAGUCAAAACUGAUGAAAAACCAAAGCCCUUUGACUUGAAGGACUCCACUAAGCCUAACGAAAAGCCCAAGGCUCCGAUCGUGUCAGAGAAGCCAAGUCCAAAAGAAUAUUCCGAUGACGAAAGCGAUCAGGACUUUGAUGUUCCCAAGCCCCAAGAUAAACCAGUUAGUCAGCCAUCUCCUUUGAUUACUCCCCUAGUCGGUCCUGGGGAAAAAUCACCAGUCAAAACUGAUGAAAAACCAAAGCCCUUUGACUUGAAGGACUCCACUAAGCCUGACGAAAAGCCCAAGGCUCCGAUCGUGUCAGAGAAGCCAAGUCCAAAAGAAUAUUCCGAUGACGAAAGCGAUGAGGACUUUGAUGUUCCCAAGCCCCAAGACAAACCAGUUAGUCAGCCAUCUCCUUUGAUUACUCCUUUCAUUGGUUCUGGCGAGAAAUCGCCUGCUAAGGAUGAUUUCAAGCCUCAAUCAAUUACGACAUUCAAGGCAGAAGAAAGCUUCACGACUAUUCAAUCAGACGUCAAAUCUGUGAGUACGGUCGUAUCUGUAACUGACAGUCACGUAACAGACAUCAAAGCACCAAGUAAGCCAGAGGAAAAGCCUCAGGGACCCAUUGACUCAGUAAAACCAGGUCCGAAAGAAUAUUCCGAUGACGAAAGCGAUGAGGACUUUGAUGUUCCCAAGCCCCAAGAUAAACCAGUCAGUCAGCCAUCUCCUUUGAUUACACCUCUAGUCGGUCCUGGGGAAAAAUCACCAGUCAAAACUGAUGAAAAACCGAAACCGAUUGACUUGAAGGACUCCACUAAGCCUGACGAAAAGCCCAAGGCUCCGAUCGUGUCAGAGAAGCCAAGUCCAAAAGAGUAUUCCGAUGACGAAAGCGAUGAAGACUUUGAUGUUCCCAAGCCCCAAGAUAAACCAGUCAGUCAGCCAUCUCCUUUGAUUACUCCUCUAGUCGGUCCUGGGGAAAAAUCACCAGUCAAAACUGAUGAAAAACCAAAGCCCUUUGACUUGAAGGACUCCACUAAGCCUAACGAAAAGCCCAAGGCUCCGAUCGUGUCAGAGAAGCCAAGUCCAAAAGAAUAUUCCGAUGACGAAAGCGAUGAGGACUUUGAUGUUCCCAAGCCCCAAGAUAAACCAGUCAGUCAGCCAUCUCCUUCGAUUACUCCUCUAGUCGGUCCUGGGGAAAAAUCACCAGUCAAAACUGAUGAAAAACCGAAACCGAUUGACUUCAAGGACUCCACUAAGCCUGACGAAAAGCCCAAGGCUCCGAUCGUGUCAGAGAAGCCAAGUCCAAAAGAAUAUUCCGAUGACGAAAGCGAUGAGGACUUUGAUGUUCCCAAGCCCCAAGACAAACCAGUUAGUCAGCCAUCUCCUUUGAUUACUCCUUUCAUUGGUACUGGCGAAAAAUCGCCUGCUAAGGAUGAUUUCAAGCCUCAAUCAAUUACGACAUUCAAGGCAGAAGAAACCUUGACGACUAUUCAAUCAGACGUCAAAUCUGUGAGUACGGUCGUAUCUGUAACUGACAGUCACGUAACAGACAUCAAAGCACCAAGUAAGCCAGAGGAAAAGCCUCAGGGACCCAUUGACUCAGUAAAACCAGGUCCGAAAGAAUAUUCCGAUGACGAAAGCGAUGAGGACUUUGAUGUUCCCAAGCCCCAAGAUAAACCAGUCAGUCAGCCAUCUCCUUUGAUUACUCCCCUAGUCGGUCCUGGGGAAAAAUCACCAGUCAAAACUGAUGAAAAACCAAAGCUCUUUGACUUGAAGGACUCCACUAAGCCUAACGAAAAGCCCAAGGCUCCGAUCGUGUCAGAGAAGCCAAGUCCAAAAGAAUAUUCCGAUGUCGAAAGCGAUGAGGACUUUGAUGUUCCCAAGCCCCAAGACAAACCAGUUAGUCAGCCAUUUCCUUUGAUUACUCCUCUAGUCGGUCCUGGGGAAAAAUCACCAGUCAAAACUGAUGAAAAACCGAAUCCGAUUGACUUGAAGGACUCCACUAAGCCUGACGAAAAGCCCAAGGCUCCGAUCGUGUCAGAGAAGCCAAGUCCAAAAGAAUAUUCCGAUGACGAAAGCGAUGAGGACUUUGAUGUUCCCAAGCCCCAAGACAAACCAGUUAGUCAGCCAUCUCCUUUGAUUACUCCUUUCAUUGGUUCUGGCGAGAAAUCGCCUGCUAAGGAUGAUUUCAAGCCUCAAUCAAGUCACGUAACAGACAUCAAAGCACCAAGUAAGCCAGAGGAAAAGCCUCAGGGACCCAUUGACUCAGUAAAACCAGGUCCGAAAGAAUAUUCCGAUGACGAAAGCGAUGAGGACUUUGAUGUUCCCAAGCCCCAAGACAAACCAGUUAGUCAGCCAUCUCCUUUGAUUACUCCUCUAGUCGGUCCUGGGGAAAAAUCACCAGUCAAAACUGAUGAAAAACCGAAACCGAUUGACUUGAAGGACUCCACUAAGCCUGACGAAAAGCCCAAGGCUCCGAUCGUGUCAGAGAAGAUAAGUCCAAAAGAAUAUUCCGAUGACGAAAGCGAUGAAGACUUUGAUGUUCCCAAGCCCCAAGAUAAACCAGUUAGUCAGCCAUCUCCUUUGAUUACUCCUUUCAUUGGUUCUGGCGAGAAAUCGCCUGCUAAGGAUGAUUUCAAGCCUCAAUCAAUUACGACAUUCAAGGCAGAAGAAAGCUUCACGACUAUUCAAUCAGACGUCAAAUCUGUGAGUACGGUCGUAUCUGUAACUGACAGUCACGUAACAGACAUCAAAGCACCAAGUAAGCCAGAGGAAAAGCCUCAGGGACCCAUUGACUCAGUAAAACCAGGUCCGAAAGAAUAUUCCGAUGACGAAAGCGAUGAGGACUUUGAUGUUCCCAAGCCCCAAGAUAAACCAGUUAGUCAGCCAUCUCCUUUGAUUACUCCUCUAGUCGGUCCUGGGGAAAAAUCACCAGUCAAAACUGAUGAAAAACCAAAGCCCUAUGACUUGAAGGACUCCACUAAGCCUGACGAGAAGCCCAAGGCUCCGAUCGUGUCAGAGAAGCCAAGUCCAAAAGAGUAUUCCGAUGACGAAAGCGAUGAAGACUUUGAUGUUCCCAAGCCCCAAAACAAACCAGUUAGUCAGCCAUCUCCUUUGAUUACUCCUUUCAUAGGUACUGGCGAAAAAUCGCCUGCUAAGGAUGAUUUCAAGCCUCAAUCAAUUACGACAUUCAAUGCAGAAGAAACCUUGACGACUAUUCAAUCAGACGUCAAAUCUGUGAGUACGGUCGUAUCUGUAACUGACAGUCACGUAACAGACAUCAAAGCACCAAGUAAGCCAGAGGAAAAGCCUCAGGGACCCAUUGACUCAGUAAAACCAGGUCCGAAAGAAUAUUCCGAUGACGAAAGCGAUGAGGACUUUGAUGUUCCCAAGCCCCAAGAUAAACCAGUUAGUCAGCCAUCUCCUUUGAUUACUCCCCUAGUCGGUUCUGGGGAAAAAUCACCAGUCAAAACUGAUGAAAAACCAAAGCCCUAUGACUUGAAGGACUCCACUAAGCCUGACGAGAAGCCCAAGGCUCCGAUCGUGUCAGAGAAGCCAAGUCCAAAAGAAUAUUCCGAUGACGAAAGCGAUGAAGACUUUGAUGUUCCCAAGCCCCAAGAUAAACCAGUUAGUCAGCCAUCUUCGUUGAUUACUCCUCUAGUCGGUCCUGGGGAAAAAUCACCAGUCAAAACUGAUGAAAAACCGAAACCGAUUGACUUGAAGGACUCCACUAAGCCUGACGAAAAGCCCAAGGCUCCGAUCGUGUCAGAGAAGCCAAGUCCAAAAGAAUAUUCCGAUGACGAAAGCGAUGAGGACUUUGAUGUUCCCAAGCCCCAAGACAAACCAGUUAGUCAGCCAUCUCCUUUGAUUACUCCUUUCAUUGGUACUGGCGAGAAAUCGCCUGCUAAGGAUGAUUUCAAGCCUCAAUCAAUUACGACAUUCAAGGCAGAAGAAAGCUUCACGACUAUUCAAUCAGACGUCAAAUCUGUGAGUACGGUCGUAUCUGUAACUGACAGUCACGUAACAGACAUCAAAGCACCAAGUAAGCCAGAGGAAAAGCCUCAGGGACCCAUUGACUCAGUAAAACCAGGUCCGAAAGAAUAUUCCGAUGAUGAAAGCGAUGAGGACUUUGAUGGUCCCAAGCCCCAAGAUAAACCAGUUAGUCAGCCAUCUCCUUUGAUUACUCCUCUAGUCGGUCCUGGGGAAAAAUCACCAGUCAAAACUGAUGAAAAACCAAAGCCCUUUGACUUGAAGGACUCCACUAAGCCUGACGAGAAGCCCAAGGCUCCGAUCGUGUCAGAGAAGCCAAGUCCAAAAGAAUAUUCCGAUGAUGAAAGCGAUGAGGACUUUGAUGGUCCCAAGCCCCAAGAUAAACCAGUUAGUCAGCCAUCUCCUUUGAUUACUCCUCUAGUCGGUCCUGGGGAAAAAUCACCAGUCAAAACUGAUGAAAAACCGAAACCGAUUGACUUGAAGGACUCCACUAAGCCUGACGAAAAGCCCAAGGCUCCGAUCGUGUCAGAGAAGCCAAAUCCAAAAGAAUAUUCCGAUGACGAAAGCGAUGGAGACUUUGAUGUUCCCAAGCCCCAAGAUAAACCAGUUAGUCAGCCAUCUUCGUUGAUUACUCCUCUAGUCGGUCCUGGGGAAAAAUCACCAGUCAAAACUGAUGAAAAACCGAAACCGAUUGACUUGAAGGACUCCACUAAGCCUGACGAAAAGCCCAAGGCUCCGAUCGUGUCAGAGAAGCCAAAUCCAAAAGAAUAUUCCGAUGACGAAAGCGAUCAGGACUUUGAUGUUCCCAAGCCCCAAGAUAAAGCAGUUAGUCAGCCAUCUUCGUUGAUUACUCCUCUAGUCGGUCCUGGGGAAAAAUCACCAGUCAAAACUGAUGAAAAACCGAAACCGAUUGACUUGAAGGACUCCACUAAGCCUGACGAAAAGCCCAAGGCUCCGAUCGUGUCAGAGAAGCCAAGUCCAAAAGAGUAUUCCGAUGACGAAAGCGAUGAAGACUUUGAUGUUCCCAAGCCCCAAGAUAAACCAGUUAGUCAGCCAUCUUCGUUGAUUACUCCUCUAGUCGGUCCUGGGGAAAAAUCACCAGUCAAAACUGAUGAAAAACCGAAACCGAUUGACUUGAAGGACUCCACUAAGCCUGACGAAAAGCCCAAGGCUCCGAUCGUGUCAGAGAAGCCAAGUCCAAAAGAGUAUUCCGAUGACGAAAGCGAUGAGGACUUUGAUGUUCCCAAGCCCAAAGACAAACCAGUUAGUCAGCCAUCUCCUUUGAUUACUCCUUUCAUUGGUACUGGCGAGAAAUCGCCUGCUAAGGAUGAAUUCAAGCCUCAAUCAAUUACGACAUUCAAGGCAGAAGAAAGCUUCACGACUAUUCAAUCAGACGUCAAAUCUGUGAGUACGGUCGUAUCUGUAACUGACAGUCACGUAACAGACAUCAAAGCACCAAGUAAGCCAGAGGAAAAGCCUCAGGGACCCAUUGACUCAGUAAAACCAGGUCCGAAAGAAUAUUCCGAUGAUGAAAGCGAUGGGGACUUUGAUGGUCCCAAGCCCCAAGAUAAACCAGUUAGUCAGCCAUCUCCUUUGAUUACUCCUCUAGUCGGUCCUGGGGAAAAAUCACCAGUCAAAACUGAUGAAAAACCAAAGCCCUUUGACUUGAAGGACUCCACUAAGCCUGACGAGAAGCCCAAGGCUCCGAUCGUGUCAGAGAAGCCAAGUCCAAAAGAAUAUUCCGAUGACGAAAGCGAUGAAGACUUUGAUGUUCCCAAGCCCCAAGAUAAACCAGUUAGUCAGCCAUCUUCGUUGAUUACUCCUCUAGUCGGUCCUGGGGAAAAAUCACCAGUCAAAACUGAUGAAAAACCGAAACCGAUUGACUUGAAGGACUCCACUAAGCCUGACGAAAAGCCCAAGGCUCCGAUCGUGUCAGAGAAGCCAAGUCCAAAAGAAUAUUCCGAUGACGAAAGCGAUGAGGACUUUGAUGUUCCCAAGCCCCAAGACAAACCAGUUAGUCAGCCAUCUCCUUUGAUUACUCCUUUCAUUGGUACUGGCGAGAAAUCGCCUGCUAAGGAUGAUUUCAAGCCUCAAUCAAUUACGACAUUCAAGGCAGAAGAAACCUUGACGACUAUUCAAUCAGACGUCAAAUCUGUGAGUACGGUCGUAUCUGUAACUGACAGUCACGUAACAGACAUCAAAGCACCAAGUAAGCCAGAGGAAAAGCCUCAGGGACCCAUUGACUCAGUAAAACCAGGUCCGAAAGAAUAUUCCGAUGACGAAAGCGAUGAGGACUUUUAUGUUCCCAAGCCCCAAGAUAAACCAGUCAGUCAGCCAUCUCCUUUGAUUACUCCUCUAGUCGGUCCUGGGGAAAAAUCACCAGUCAAAACUGAUGAAAAACCGAAACCGAUUGACUUGAAGGACUCCACUAAGCCUGACGAAAAGCCCAAGGCUCCGAUCGUGUCAGAGAAGCCAAGUCCAAAAGAAUAUUCCGAUGACGAAAGCGAUGAGGACGUUGAUGUUCCCAAGCCCCAAGAUAAACCAGUCAGUCAGCCAUCUCCUUUGAUUACUCCUCUAGUCGGUCCUGGGGAAAAAUCACCAGUCAAAACUGAUGAAAAACCGAAACCGAUUGACUUGAAGGACUCCACUAAGCCUGACGAAAAGCCCAAGGCUCCGAUCGUGUCAGAGAAGCCAAGUCCAAAAGAAUAUUCCGAUGGCGAAAGCGAUGAGGACUUUGAUGUUCCCAAGCCCCAAGACAAACCAGUUAGUCAGCCAUCUCCUUUGAUUACUCCUUUCAUUGGUACUGGCGAAAAAUCGCCUGCUAAAGAUGAUUUCAAGCCUCAAUCAAUUACGACAUUCAAGGCAGAAGAAACCUUGACGACUAUUCAAUCAGACGUCAAAUCUGUGAGUACGGUCGUAUCUGUAACUGACAGUCACGUAACAGACAUCAAAGCACCAAGUAAGCCAGAGGAAAAGCCUCAGGGACCCAUUGACUCAGUAAAACCAGGUCCGAAAGAAUAUUCCGAUGAUGAAAGCGAUGAGGACUUUGAUGGUCCCAAGCCCCAAGAUAAACCAGUUAGUCAGCCAUCUCCUUUGAUUACUCCUCUAGUCGGUCCUGGGGAAAAAUCACCAGUCAAAACUGAUGAAAAACCAAAGCCCUUUGACUUGAAGGACUCCACUAAGCCUGACGAAAAGCCCAAGGCUCCGAUCGUGUCAGAGAAGCCAAGUCCAAAAGAGUAUUCCGAUGACGAAAGCGAUGAGGACUUUGAUGUUCCCAAGCCCCAAGACAAACCAGUUAGUCAGCCAUCUCCUUUGAUUACUCCUUUCAUUGGUACUGGCGAAAAAUCGCCUGCUAAAGAUGAUUUCAAGCCUCAAUCAAUUACGACAUUCAAGGCAGAAGAAACCUUGACGACUAUUCAAUCAGACGUCAAAUCUGUGAGUACGGUCGUAUCUGUAACUGACAGUCACGUAACAGACAUCAAAGCACCAAGUAAGCCAGAGGAAAAGCCCCAGGGACCCAUUGACUCAGUAAAACCAGGUCCGAAAGAAUAUUCCGAUGAUGAAAGCGAUGAGGACUUUGAUGGUCCCAAGCCCCAAGAUAAACCAGUUAGUCAGCCAUCUCCUUUGAUUACUCCUCUAGUCGGUCCUGGGGAAAAAUCACCAGUCAAAACUGAUGAAAAACCAAAGCCCUUUGACUUGAAGGACUCCACUAAGCCUGACGGGAAGCCCAAGGCUCCGAUCGUGUCAGAGAAGCCAAGUCCAAAAGAAUAUUCCGAUGACGAAAGCGAUGAAGACUUUGAUGUUCCCAAGCCCCAAGAUAAACCAGUUAGUCAGCCAUCUUCGUUGAUUACUCCUCUAGUCGGUCCUGGGGAAAAAUCACCAGUCAAAACUGAUGAAAAACCGAAACCGAUUGACUUGAAGGACUCCACUAAGCCUGACGAAAAGCCCAAGGCUCCGAUCGUGUCAGAGAAGCCAAGUCCAAAAGAAUAUUCCGAUGACGAAAGCGAUGAGGCCUUUAAUGUUCCCAAGCCCCAAGACAAACCAGUUAGUCAGCCAUCUCCUUUGAUUACUCCUUUCAUUGGUACUGGCGAAAAAUCGCCUGCUAAGGAUGAUUUCAAGCCUCAAUCAAUUACGACAUUCAAGGCAGAAGAAACCUUGACGACUAUUCAAUCAGACGUCAAAUCUGUGAGUACGGUCGUAUCUGUAACUGACAGUCACGUAACAGACAUCAAAGCACCAAGUAAGCCAGAGGAAAAGCCUCAGGGACCCAUUGACUCAGUAAAACCAGGUCCGAAAGAAUAUUCCGAUGACGAAAGCGAUGAGGACUUUGAUGUUUCCAAGCCCCAAGAUAAACCAGUUAGUCAGCCAUCUUCUUUGAUUACUCCUCUAGUCGGUCCUGGGGAAAAAUCACCAGUCAAAACUGAUGAAAAACCAAAGCCCAUUGACUUGAAGGACUCCACUAAGCCUGACGAAAAGCCCAGGGCUCCGAUCGUGUCAGAGAAGCCAAGUCCAAAAGAGUAUUCCGAUGACGAAAGCGAUGAAGACUUUGAUGUUCCCAAGCCCCAAGACAAACCAGUUAGUCAGCCAUCUCCUUUGAUUACUCCUUUCAUUGGUACUGGCGAAAAAUCGCCUGCUAAGGAUGAUUUCAAGCCUCAAUCAAUUACGACAUUCAAGGCAGAAGAAAGCUUCACGACUAUUCAAUCAGACGUCAAAUCUGUGAGUACGGUCGUAUCUGUAACUGACAGUCACGUAACAGACAUCAAAGCACCAAGUAAGCCAGAGGAAAAGCCUCAGGGACCCAUUGACUCAGUAAAACCAGGUCCGAAAGAAUAUUCCGAUGACGAAAGCGAUGAGGACUUUGAUGUUUCCAAGCCCCAAGAUAAACCAGUUAGUCAGCCAUCUUCUUUGAUUACUCCUCUAGUCGGUCCUGGGGAAAAAUCACCAGUCAAAACUGAUGAAAAACCAAAGCCCAUUGACUUGAAGGACUCCACUAAGCCUGACGAAAAGCCCAAGGCUCCGAUCGUGUCAGAGAAGCCAAGUCCAAAAGAGUAUUCCGAUGACGAAAGCGAUGAGGACUUUGAUGUUCCCAAGCCCCAAGAUAAACCAGUUAGUCAGCCAUCUUCUUUGAUUACUCCUCUAGUCGGUCCUGGGGAAAAAUCACCAGUCAAAACUGAUGAAAAACCGAAACCGAUUGACUUGAAGGACUCCACUAAGCCUGACGAAAAGCCCAAGGCUCCGAUCGUGUCAGAGAAGCCAAGUCCAAAAGAGUAUUCCGAUGACGAAAGCGAUGAAGACUUUGAUGUUCCCAAGCCCCAAGACAAACCAGUUAGUCAGCCAUCUCCUUUGAUUACUCCUUUCAUUGGUACUGGCGAAAAAUCGCCUGCUAAGGAUGAUUUCAAGCCUCAAUCAAUUACGACAUUCAAGGCAGAAGAAAGCUUCACGACUAUUCAAUCAGACGUCAAAUCUGUGAGUACGGUCGUAUCUGUAACUGACAGUCACGUAACAGACAUCAAAGCACCAAGUAAGCCAGAGAAAAAGCCUCAGGGACCCAUUGACUCAGUAAAACCAGGUCCGAAAGAAUAUUCCGAUGACGAAAGCGAUGAGGACUUUGAUGUUCCCAAGCCCCAAGAUAAACCAGUUAGUCAGCCAUCUUCUUUGAUUACUCCUCUAGUCGGUCCUGGGGAAAAAUCACCAGUCAAAACUGAUGAAAAACCGAAACCGAUUGACUUGAAGGACUCCACUAAGCCUGACGAGAAGCCCAAGGCUCCGAUCGUGUCAGAGAAGCCAAGUCCAAGAGAGUAUUCCGAUGACGAAAGCGAUGAAGACUUUGAUGUUCCCAAGCCCCAAGAUAAAUCAGUUAGUCAGCCAUCUACUUUGAUUACUCCUUUUACUGGCGAAAAAUCGCCUGCUAAGGAUGAUUUCAAGACUCAAUCAAUUACGACAUUCAAGGCAGAAGAAAGCUUCACGACUAUUCAAUCAGACGUCAAAUCUGUGAGUACGGUCGUAUCUGUAACUGACAGUCACGUAACAGACAUCAAAGCACCAAGUAAGCCAGAGAAAAAGCCUCAGGGACCCAUUGACUCAGUAAAACCAGGUCCGAAAGAAUAUUCCGAUGACGAAAGCGAUGAGGACUUUGAUGUUCCCAAGCCCCAAGAUAAACCAGUUAGUCAGCCAUCUUCUUUGAUUACUCCUCUAGUCGGUCCUGGGGAAAAAUCACCAGUCAAAACUGAUGAAAAACCGAAACCGAUUGACUUGAAGGACUCCACUAAGCCUGACGAAAAGCCCAAGGCUCCGAUCGUGUCAGAGAAGCCAAGUCCAAAAGAGUAUUCCGAUGACGAAAGCGAUGAAGACUUUGAUGUUCCCAAGCCCCAAGACAAACCAGUUAGUCAGCCAUCUCCUUUGAUUACUCCUUUCAUUGGUACUGGCGAAAAAUCGCCUGCUAAGGAUGAUUUCAAGCCUCAAUCAAUUACGAUAUUCAAUGCAGAAGAAACCUUGACGACUAUUCAAUCAGACGUCAAAUCUGUGAGUACGGUCAUAUCUGUAACUGACAGUCACGUAACAGACAUCAAAGCACCAAGUAAGCCAGAGGAAAAGCCUCAGGGUCCCAUUGACUCAGUAAAGCUUAGUGAAGAAGAGUAUACCGAUGAAGGUGUGGGAAUUCCAAAGGGCCAAGAAAAACCAGUUCAUGAGGGUUCUGUAGCUGAGGGAAUGAAAGAAAUGUAUUCUAGUUAUGAUGAAAAUAGAUCUGUGCAGCAAAUUGUAGAGGACACUCUGAAAGCUGGCGACGCUGAGGUACAAAAGAUUGUUGACGAAACCCUUAAAAGUGCUCAACAGUUAAAAAAACUGGACAGCUUGAGGGAGCAAUUAGUUGACACUGACGACGAUCGUUCGGUGGAGCAAAUAGUUGAAGAAACUUUGAGAAGUGCCAAGUUAAAACCUUGUUCUUCUGAGAAGAAUCAAAUUAGGGAGGUUGAUUCCGACAAGAAGCAGAUUAAGGAGGUUGAGAAAGAGGAAAGUAAAGAAAGUCGUCCCGUGGCCUACUUUGUAAAAUUGGAUGAACAAAAGAGUAGUGUUUCUAUUAAGAAACCAACUAAGAAAUCUGAAGAAAAAAGCGAAAUAAAGUCCGAAUCAAGAAAAGUUGUGAGGGAAACUGUUUCAAAAUCAAAUCUAAAGGUUUCGCAGAAGAAAAAAAUAGUUAGUGAAAAGGAAAAAUCUAAGAGUGAUUCUAAAUCUGUACCUAGUGUUCAAGCAAAGCCUAAAGCAACCUCUGGGGAGAAGAAUAUAAUUAGGAAAACAUCGGCUACCAGCAAACCCAAAUUGACAGCUAAAACAGAGUCUAGACGAUCAGUAACAAGCUCAACAUCAACCACCACUAGUUCAGCUUCCGCUACUAGUCGAGUAAUAAGUGAACUGCAUUUCGAAAGAUCUGCUAGCCCAGCAUCUAGUUCAAUAUUCUAUGAGAGUCAUCCGCAGGGCGACAACAGCCGUUCCACCACCCCCAGACCUAGGGUUAAGACUGACGUAACGCGAAUUCCAUACAAUGCCUCUGUCCGUUCCUUCAGUCCCCAACCUCAGACCAAAACUACUAAGACAGCAAAAACCACUGUAAAACAAACAAAGUCAACUGCCACUCGAUCUACCAAAGAGCUUACUAUUAAAAGUUCCAAGAAGACUGAGAAAACUGGCAGCCAGGAGAACGUUGAUACUAAGCGAACGAAAACACCGACUCCGUCUGCUACCCACAGAUAUAUGCAACCCACCCUGGCCCACAACAUGCGCUACGGUUUGAGUGGCGAAGGCGAGAUUGGCCAAAGCGUAGCGCCGGCUCAGCCAAAGUCACCAGCCCCACCUAAAUCGCCCGCCCCGGGCCUCACUAAAAUUACUUACAGAACUACGACAAGUGCCUUGACAAAGUCCAAAUCCGUGGAUCCAAAACAAAAGAAACAAUUAGAUGAAAAGACACCGACCCAACCCCAAUCACAGAUACAGAUCAAAAGAGGUUCACAGAGCGAUAGCAAGGAAUCCCUGAAGAGCACAGAGCGCCUUUAUAAGCGACAGAUAUCCAAGGAAAAUAAGCUAACAAACGUGAUAGGCUCCAAGAGCCAAGAAACCAAAAGCAUGAAGACACAAUCAGUUACUGCAUCCAAGACACUAGCCUACAGAACUUCCAUAGAAACCGACAACAAGCUUCUGAAAAAAUCCACAGCCACUAUACAGCGCACUAAAGUUCCGAUUAGCGUGUCUUCCAGUUCAAGGACUGUAACCAAGCAAAGCAAAAGUGAUGACACCGACAAGCGACCUCAGGUAGACAAUAAGAAACCAGUUAGACGAACGACAGCCAAAGCCAGUGAAGCAAGUGGCGCACCCUCUGCGAUCAGCAAGUCCAUGCAGAGUUCUAUGGAGCCGAAGCUUCAAAAGAAGAUGAAGGACUCGAUAAACGAGUCCAGUUCGGUAACGAACUCAAACUCCGGAAGUGGCAGUACCAGCGCCAGUGGAUCCUCAAACAGCACUCGGCGGAGCGUUCGAUCGGUGAGCACGGUCAGCCGGAAGACGGACAAGGAGCUGACCAACAUCCGGCGCGCAGCAGGAGGUGUAGCGUCCACGUCCACAGUGCGAGUUCAUAGGGAACCGACGGCUACCACCAGCGCUGUUAGCACCGUACACAUUGACGACGACUGUGAGGUGAUAACCAUACGCUCCAUUAAAUCAAGCGAUAGUACAAAAAGUUCUAACUCAUCAUCCUCCGGUAGCGGCAGCAACAGUCGCAAAGUGCUUACCAGCGAGGUAUUCACUAAGACCUUUGGCCCCGACAAGCCACUCGAAGUGGUCUACCGCCAGCCCGAGUUCGAUGUAGAGCACCACACCAUCAUGUCUGUCCGCCCACCAUCCACCAGUGGCGACCAGCAGCGGUGCCUUAACGAGUUUGAUGUCAGCUUCAUCGACACCACAGACUCCAGUCUCUCGGACUCGAUAGCCCUUCCCAUGUUCGGUACCGCCGAACCGGAGCGCCUGUUGGCCGCCAGCCCCGGCUCGCCCAAGCCAACCCGCAGCCCGUUGGCCCUCAUUGAAGAGACAUUACGCCGCCAGCAACACCAUCAUCACCAUCCCCAGCAGCACCUCCAUAGCGGCGUUGCUGUGGCUGGUGCCGCUGCCCUUGAUAGCUCGCUGCCGAUGCCCGGUAUGGGUGGUGAGAGUCAACGGGAGACGGAGGUGGAAAAGAUUAAUACAACAAAAGAAACCCUUCAAGAGAAACAUAUUGAACAACCCAAACUGGAUGCCGCAAAGAUCUCAACAGAAAUUGGUGAUGUUAAAGUUGGUGGUGGUGAUGUAAGUGAUGGCGAAGAUCUUGUGGCGCGCAUUCGCGAAGAAGCCAAUAUCCUAGUGGAUCGCGUGCUCGAAGAGAGUGUCGAGAUCAUUGAAGGUCACGGUCAUCAGGCCAAUGGCCAGGAAACCGUUAAGGUGGAUUACAACUCAGAAAGUGAGAACUAUGCCAUUACUUGCGAUGACAUUGGUGGCGUCGAUGUCAUCAAAUCGCCCACUAUUGAGUCCAUGUCGGGCAAAUCGUUCGACGACAACAUGAGUUUCACCGAUGAGCACAUACAUUUACCCAUGCAUGCCCAAAACACAACCACCUCCACCACGACAACGACUAUUACCACUCAGUUCCAACAGCAGCAGGCCCAGGCAGGUGCCACAAGCUCAUCAACGGCAAAAGAAUCAGCUUCUGUGCCCAGUUCCGUGCCGUUAGUACCUAGUCAAGAUCAGGCCGACGAGAAGACUGCUAUUCGCGAAAGGCGGAUCGAUCGCAAGAUCGAAAAGUUGUUAGAUGCGGACAUGGAAGAUAUGAGCGCCAAGUUCGAUGAAGCGUUUGAGGCGACGGUGCCCGAAGAUGAGAUCAGCGCCCUGCAGGGCGAUUUCUCCAAGCUCAGCUGGGAUGACAGUGUUUCGCCCACAACGAAUACCAUGGCAGAUAUAGGCCAGAACCAGAUAACGCCCGAUAACGAUAUUAAUGAUCUUGUCGCAGAAACAGGCGGCGAUUUACCGAUCUCAAGUGAAACCGAAACUACUCCCGUACCACCGUCGAAAGAAUCUGAAACUAAAACCGAAACUGAGCCGGCGGUAGAAACCAAUACAAUCACUACCACCAGCCAUGACACACCCACACCAAAACCACGUGUACUCAAAGCAAGCUCCCCAGUUUCCGAAGGCACCGAUAGCACUACCAUUCCCGGUCCCGGUCCCGGUCUGGUGUCGAAGCCCGAUGCACCGAUUGAUAUUAGUAUUGAGCCGUCAGCGCCAGUUCCCAAGCCCCGUGCUCCCAUCAAGCACACGGAACCGUUUGAAAAUCUGGCGGCCCUAGCCGAGCAGUCCGAUAGCAUUAGCUUGCGUAGCUUUGACUUCACCGAGGAGCUGUCCAAAACCGACGAGCCCUCCACCGAGAUUUCCCUGCGUUCCCAGCUGCGCGACGUGGUCACAACCACCACAACAACCACUGCCUCAGAGGAUCACACCGAGAGCUUCGAGCCGACGAGCGAAAUUUCAGUGGACGAUGCAGAUACUGAAAAAUCGGAGGGGGCUGAGAAAACCACAAGCUUCUAUAUUGGAGAGUCCAGUCGUAAUGUCAUCACCAAAACUACAACAAGAUCCGCGAGUGUCACGCCUCAGGAGGAAGAGGCCCAGACCGCUAUCGGGAUUGACGCCAAGGACGUGUCGCUGAUGAAGGAGGUAUCCGUGGACUCUGACGAGGCCAAUGAUGUCUUUAAGGAAUAUGUCACCAUGAAGCCGGACGAACCAGCAUCAUUGGAUAGCAAGAUAGCUAGGCAGGGUUCCGAAACGAGAAAUGAUAUUCUGGAAUUUGAAAAUGCCGACAAAGACAAGACAGGCGAACCGAAACUGUCCAAAGUGACCACCGAAGAGAGCUUGACCACAUCGACUGGGUCCAGUGGACGGGCCAUCUUAGAAGUGGCGCCUUCCAGCAGCGAGGAUCCCGAUGAGUCCGGCAAGGAAAUCCCAGAAAUAGUAAACACAAUCUCUGAAAAGACUGCCUCAUCAGAUAGGUUUGAAUUGCCUUUAGAAAAGAGUGAGUGGGAAACGUCGGAAAAGGAUAUUCCAACCUCCGGUAAGCCAAAAGUAGUGCACUCACCACAACAGGCUCCAGAUGCCUCCGUUAAAAGUGAAUUAGAUGACUCACUGGUCGGUGAGUCUCUUUCCGAGGUUCAGGAACUUCAACAAAUACCCCAGAGUGCUGUAAAAAGCGUUAUUGAGGAUCCGCUGCCAGAGUUUGAAUACCACGGCGUGCCCCAUGGAGUUGCUACCUCCGCUGAAAGUGAAGACAUCUCAUCAUUCAUUGGUAUACCAGAAUCCAGCAUGCUAACAUCAACUCUUGAUAGCACUCAGCCCCCAGAAGGACUCUUUGACACCACAAUUACGGAAACCUUAAACAAGGAAGCAGCCAUGGCUCACUACGCCCAGGAUGUGUUCGGAAGAGUAGAGAGGCGCGAUGAUCACGGAUCUCUCGGCUUUGUUUCCACUGGAACAGCAGAGGAGCUAAGCUCCAUGGAAGAUCAUAUGGCCAAGGAGGAACAAGCUUCCCUGGGAUUUAUCUCCACAGAGACUGCGGAGGACUUUAGCUCCAUGGAAGAUUACUAUACCGAGAAGCUGGCCACUGCCAGUGUCGUGGCUGAGGAGAUAGCUGCUGACAAGUCCAUAACCACCAGCACUUUUGAGGAACUAACAUCUGACCAGUCCAUGAAGCCAGUGGAUGUUGUAGUUCAUCGGCUGAAGACCGAGUCAUCACCAGAUUCGACGAACCGCUGGUCCAUUCCCGACGUGGAUAACUCCAGCUCAAGUGAGAGCUUCCACAAGAGUUUUGACAAGACCCAGAGUAGGCCUCUCUCCUCCGACAUGGACAAUCUGUUGACCGCCACUGGCACCGGCACCUCCAGCGAAUACCAGACCGCCCGCGAAUUCACCUCCACUUGCCGAACAGAAGGCACGGAGUAUGUGAGUGCCGUGAGCACUUUGGGCAGUAGUAGUUUGGAUUCUCAGUCGGAAACCUCCGCUAAUUUCGCUAGCAUUGAUGUGUCUGAGCUUUCGGAGACUCUAGUGGCCUCGUCUGCCGAUGCUGAUGCAUUUGAAGCCGAUGAGAUCUCAAAACUGAGGGACUUACGAGCCGAUGACGAGGAUAGCGAUGACAGCAUAGAAAUCCCGGAAGGUAAUUAUCCGACUAGCGAACAGCAGAGUCUUAUGAAGCGCUCCCAGGAGAUGAUUUUCAAGCCAAAAGCUGAGGAGCCUGUUGAAGUUGAGUCGGUCCAGAUCGAGGAGUCUCCCAAGCCCAAAGAAGCGGAACGCACCUGGGGACUGGCAUAUCCUUUAGAGGACAACAAAGUGGAUAGCCCACGGGACAGUGAAAAAGGCGAAGACAUCCUUUUGUACCAUAGUGAUCCGCGUCGUUCCAUCGACGAAUCCAAGUUGGCUUCAAGCUUGGAUGAGGGAAGUAUCCUGUCAGUGAGCAUGUCGAGUACCUCGAAUAUUGACACCGUUGUGGAAAACUUUGAGGAUAUUAUCGGAUCCGCAGGAUCUUCCUCUCUGACCGGCAUUGAAGGCUUCCAGUAUGGCCAUGACGAACAUGGCCCAUCAUCUUCGGUGCCCGAAGAUGCCACCUUCGUGCUGGAAAUGGAAAGCAAAGAACACUCUCCCCAGGAUUCCAAUGCCAGUACGCCGCCUGGAGGAGAAUCCAAACGACGUGGACACAAAAGAAAUGAAAGCAUUUCCGGAGAUGCUCUGAAGAAUCUGGACAAAGAGGUGGCUCUGCUGGGCGAGGGCAAGGAGUCUGAGAGUGAGUCAGACACGGAUCCCUAUGAGUCUGAAUAUGCCCGCCAGUUCCGUUCACCCAAAGAGCGGAAGAACAAGAAGAAAAAGCAGGCAGCUGCCGAAAUGGAUCACAGUGCAGAGUUGGAGAAACGUCCGUUCACCCCGUCCCAGCUAGUGGCAGAGGUAAUCGUUGAGGAUAGCUUAACCGAGGAGUUGGAGGCCGAGGCCGCCAUGAUCGAGGAGCGUCGACCAUCCCAAAAUAUGCAGGAUUACUCAAAUAUUCCUGAUAUCAUGGUCACUGAGGAUAUAAAGUCUCCAAUUUUGGAGGAGGAAACCGAUGUGUUUCCCGAAAAAACCCUGUACAAGGUCCGCACUGAGGAGGAGCUCCACAAAGCCAGCGAUUCAUCCGUCUAUCAAAAAGCAAAGGCCGAAGAAAAGGAGCAGGACUUUCAGCGACGUGUUCAGGAACAAUAUCGACAGAAGCUCGAGGAGCUGAAGCGGGCCGAGAUCGGAGCCGAUUUCGACGACCACAGGGCGCCCGACUCCCCAGACUCCUUUGAAAUGGUUGAGCAGCCAGACAUCUCAGAUGAGUUUGUGAUUAUCGAGGAGGUGGCCAAGGAAGCCGGAGAGGUGGAUCUCGGCGGCAAGAGCAUCAAGAUAAAGCCAAUCAAGUAUGAGCAGAAACACGACGAGGACGUCGAGAAAAUAAUCAUAAAAUCGGCGCCAGCAGAUCCCAAGCUGGGCUCCCAGUUGUACAAGGACGACUUGAACUUUGAGUUCGAAGAGAGUCCGCCGACCGGAGCCAGUAGCAGUAGCGAGCAGCCGGAGGAAAGCGACUCCAGCGACACGGCGGCGGCCAACAAGCGCUGGGUUGAGAUGCAGCUGACAGACAACCAGCUGAGGUAUCCCUAUGAUCUGGCCGGAGCCGUUUUGGAGGAUAUCAAGGAGGAGGAUGGCGAGUUUGAGGUGGGCAGCAGCCGCAUCAGCAGCUUUAAGGAUUCCUUUUCAAGCACGCCUGAGUACGACCUCGCAGCACGCCGCUAUCACUCUCGGGGUGAACACGACGACGUAUCAAUGAGCAGCUUGCAGGAGUUCGAGUCCUUGGAGCAGGCCAUCUCACUGGAGAACCGCAAUCGAACACACCAGGGAUCCACAGACUCCAGCAACGGUAGCUUCACCCGCCGCUACGUGGUGCGUCACAGUGGCAGUGGAACUGCGCCUGGCGACGAUGUGUCCAUUUCCAGUCUGAAAGAAUUCGAGGGCCUAGAGAAUGCCUGUAUCGAAGCCCAUUUGAUUGAAAUUAAGGCGAGGGAGGAGGCAGCACUGCUCUCCCGCUCCGACGAGUCCAACAAAUCGAAUGGCAGUGACAAAGGCGCCGCUGGCAAUGUGGUGGUCACCAAAGUUACCCGCACGGUAACCCGAACCGAUGUUGUGCCCUCCAGUCAGGCGGAGAACAUUGAAGCUUUGCUCAAAAAGAAACUGGAGCAGGAGGAAGGAGAUACCAAGGUAGUCAAGAUCACAGAGGUGACCAGCACCACCACGGAUCUGGAGCCAAAGUCGAAGAUCGACAGCCAAGACUCCGAGAAGGACAGCAUCGACAGCAUGGAGAUUAGCAAGAGUGGCCAGGACAUGAUGACCAGCAGCAUCGAGAGCUUCGAUAUAUCGAAAGACGCCACCACGAGAUCGGACAUCGACUCGCUGGAAAUCGACAAGCGCCACUCGCGCCAGGAGAGUAUCGAAUCCUUCGGCGAUGAGCAGCUAGAUUUAAUGACAAAGUUCGUCAGUGGCGGUGGAGUAACGUUGGGCGAUGGCCUGACCACCACCACAACCACUACCACCACCAGCACGGAUGCCGAUGGGCACGAACAUACCGUGACGAGAGUGGUUACCACGACGACCACCGUGGGUGGUGGCAUUCAGGAGCUGCCGCUGGACGAGAGCGGCAUGUCCAAGGACAUAUCGGUGGAUUCGCUGAACUUGUGCGUGGAACAGACCACCAGCUCGGCGGGAACCACAGCCACUUAUCAGACCAGUGCGGGAAAUUCGCAAAUGUCCGGCAGCGUCACCAGCUGCGCAUCGAGCACGCUGAUGGAGGACUCAUUUCCUGGUGUGGGUGGUAUGUCGUCGUCACAAAUGUCGGCCAGUUUCUGGUCGCACGAUGAAUCCACGGUGGUCGAGGAUGAGGGCCACGACCAAACCAAGAAGCAGUAGGCGCUGGAUGAGAGAUGAUAAGAGAUGAGAUGAGAAUGAUAUGGGAGAGAUGAGUCAUGCGUAAUCCUAUAUGAAAAUGGGGCUUGAACAUGGUGACAUGGUGACAUAGAAUAUGUGGCUAGACAAGUCACACUAAGAAUCUAUGGAAUUUCUGAUCUCUCUAGAUGGGGACAUUCAGCAUUCACCGACUCUGAACAUCACCGAUUUCAAAUCGAACAGCAGGAGGGAUUUAAAAAUUAGCUAAUUCGACAUUUUUCCAUCUCAACACACAUUUUUAAUGAUAUUGAAGUGCAUACACAAGUUUUUAAAUGCAAAUAUAUAUAUUUUAUAUAUUUAAAAAAAAGAAAACUAUAAAAUCGCAAAUAUGAAUAUGAAUAUACGGCAAGCAUUAGCUGUUCAACGCAUUUUCUCAUUGGCUUUAAUGUUUAAAAUUUAAAUGAUAUUGCAAAAAACAAAAACUCAGAAGUAACAAAAUAAAACAAGAAAAUGUUUUUUGCUAGAACGAUGUAAUGGAAUACACCUUUGCUUUUAAUUUGAUGUAGUUAUUAUAUAUGUAUAUGUACGAAGGAUAUUUAUUAUUAAAUGAAUCGCUUAUUAUUGUAGUUUAAUUUAAGCAAUUAUACAAGCGCAUGUGUAAAAGGGGACGUAAUGAAAUAGUCGAAGCCUGGAAAGUGAAAUGCUUUUAAAGUCUCAUUUUUUUACAAGACCAAGCAAAUUUUUAAGCUUGCAUAUUUUAACAGUGGAAUAUACAUAAAUAUACAAUCCGAACAACAGCGUAUAGAUCAAAUUUAAAGAAUAUACAUUAAAGAUAUUAAAUUUAUUCACAUAGAGCUACCACAUACAUCCAUCAAGUGUAACGCUAAGUUUCGUAAUGCACAUCCUGUGUACGAGUAUUCGUUAAAAUGCCUAUUUAUUGAAAGGGUUUAGCAUCACCACUCUUAUGGGAUAUAAAUAAAAUAAUAUUUGUGUUAAAAACAUACAAGAAAUAUUACAAAAAAAAAAAUGACAUUAUUGUAUUGUAAACCACACGCGUAUGAAUAACCAAAUAAAAUGCUUAAUACAACUUUGAA